GUGUUUGUUAAUUUUAUUUCAAAGCAAUGGCAUGAAUAUGGGUGUUGUAUCUAAUCACAGUGCCAUACAUCCUCCCUCACCCUGCGUGCGUCUAGAUACUGCCCACUCCAAUUUCUCCACUACCAGCAAUUGCAUCCCUUUACUUUCACAUUGACCUGCACCCACACACACUGGCCCCCACUCUCCACGCUGCUACAGCUUUACGAAGUUGGGAGCAACUGAGUCUCCCUAGCGGCCCGCAGCAUCCAGUCACCAUGAGCCGGCCGGUCUUUGCGUGUCAGUAUGUGCUGCAUUGCUGUAUGUGCUGUAUUGGGCGCCACAUAACAAACUCAUUCCCUCUGGCGGAGAAGUUGGCAAUCAAUAAAAACUGUGAGUUCCUCUCCGUGUAAAGGGUCACAGUUAGCGGAAGGUGUAACGGUCCCCCAGCAGUGUGGGAUCUGUCCACCCGGUAAGGGACCCGUGUGAGCGGCAGCUAUAAAGGUCAUUGAGCCGGAUGGGAAGUGGCUCUCUCACUGUGAGCUGGGCAGCUCCGACCCCCAUACAGGGCCUGACCGGGGGGGGAGAUGGGGGAAAUGUCCUUAACAAGGGUAGGAGCUAGUCUAUUCACACUGAGCAACCCAGCUGCUAUCCUCCGCCAAAGGACAGGCUCCUUCUCCUGGAUAGGAACCUUGGAAAAGCCUGGGCUUAGCUCCCCUGUCUGAGUCCUGAGAAUAUGGCGGCCCCCAGUCACAGUCACAGUGUAGUUGUGUCCCUGCUGUUUAGCGCUCGAUUGCAAUGUCACUACGUCACCGCGCACGUUUGCGUCCCGCCCCUCCGACGUGACUUCCUUCCGGUUGCACUCGCGCGCAGCUUGUCGCCGUCGCUGUGUCGAGGAGGCUCCGUGGGAGACCGGGACCGCGCGCAGUCCCCAGCACAGGACGCUCACACAACGUUUCUGCCCGGGGAGCUCUCUCUCACUAGCAGCGCUGCGGCGACAUGUCGCGAUCAUCGUCCAUGCCGCGGGUGUACAUCGGCCGCCUGAGCCACCGAGCGCGGGAGCGGGACGUGGAGCGAUUCUUCAAGGGAUUCGGCAAGAUCGUGGAGGUGGAUCUGAAAAACGGGUGAGUGUCACGAGGAGCGGGUGUACCGGGCGGGGAUAGAUGACCCGGUUCCCGGUGUGUCUGUCAGCGGUGGCUGGGCCUCUCCCGGGGAGUGAGGAUCCCGCCAGAGCGGACCUUUAUAAUGUCCCAUGGUAUUAUAGCUAUUAUACACCGUUACUACAGUGUGCGGAGCUCAUUGCACUCAGAGGGAUGGCUAGUGUAGCCCCCAGUAAUGCUAAUCACACAGUGCCAUUGACUUUAUAAGCUGAUAGAAGCCAUGCUGCACAGUUUAUAAGCACGUGUGUGUGUAUGUCUGCAGCUGUGUGUGUGUGUGUACAUUUGCAAGGUAUUUUGUAAAUAUGUUGUAAAUGGAGUGAGUGUGUGUGUGCUGCAGUCUGCAGAGCCACCAACCAUGCUUGGACACUCCAGAGUCCUCAUGUGAAUGUGCAGCUUUCACAAUUGAAAAGAAAAUGCUCCCAUGAUGUGUUUGUUGUGCUCUGGUGUUUUGUUUUUUGCAUUAUUUAUCUUUGCAGUGGAUAGAUAAACAAGCAUAGAAUGACAUUUCAGCAAGAUUAUUGUUGAAGAUUUUUGUAAAUUGAUUGUAAGACUCACUGGGAAGGGAGACCACAUACCCUGCUCAAUGACUUUUCCAAUGUUGUUGCAUACUUUUUUAUAAGGAUAAAUAUCCCACUGCUGCAUUUGGUCAUUUUCCAUUAGCCAUCACUCUUAUGCAAUAACUGACUGCUUUUGUCAGGAGCUGAUCCAGUAGAUAUUUCUGAUGAGUAUAUAUACUUCCUUUCUCAGGUGUUGCAGUGCAAGCUAAUAUGUGCCAUGGGACUCAUUGCAAAAAAGAAAAAUCAAGUGACAUGACACUUUUUGGGGGGUAUUUUUUUAACUUUCAAUGAUUACGAUUGUAUUUUUAGUUAAUAGACUAUAUACAUCAGGCUAAACAUCUCUAGGCUACUUAAAGUGGCUCUGUUAAAGUCUGUGGUAAUUGCAUAUUUUACAAAUACCCAUGAUGGUGACAUAGUCGCUUGCAGUGUGGUGACCACACAGUGCAGAGGAAGGCAAAUUUUAUGCACCUGAAGUUGUCCCUUGCAGCUACAGUCCCUUUUAUCCGGUGCAUCCUUUCCAGCUCCUGACUCUUCAUCUGCCAGGUCCCCACAUCAGUGUGCUGUACUCACGCAUGCACAAGAAUAUAACAUUGAGUCAUAUGGUGUAUCCCACAAGACUGCUUGUGUCUCAAUAUACACUGCCUUUCUCCACACAGCUGUCACUAGUGCUACUUUACCUUAUGUAUUUUGACUUUGUUGGAGUUACAAUGAAAUUGCAACAAAGUCAAAUUAUUUUAUGGUUUUGUUGUUGUUUUUACGUACCAAGCAUAUAAUUAGAAACUCAGAUUGUUAAUGGGUUACUCUGUGCACUAUAACCACUUCAUUUUGCUGAAAGGGGCACUAGGCACCCAGAACACUUCAGCUAAUUGAAGUGGUCUGGGUGCUGUGCCCCUAUUGCACUUUGUGCUGCAAUGAUUACAUUGCAUCUCUGUCUUCCCUCAGUGACUGUCUACCAGCUAGCCACUGGGGACGCGUCUGGAAUCCAAACUGAUUUUUGGUCCAUUAUCUGACGCCCUCGCGCUCUGCAUGAAGACCUCCAGCUUAGAUUUUCCCCAUAGAAAAUCAUUGAAUAAUGCUUUCCUGUGAGGAGGUCUAAUGCACGCGGCCUUUGCUACGCAAGGACAUUAGGUCUCCCCCGUCUGCUGACGUUGGUGGGGGAGGAGCUUGGGCGGAGCCUGACCCAGCGCAGAGGGACACCAGCGCUGGUUUCAGGUAAGUGGCUCCGCAGGGGGUCACCUAUUAAACCUAUAGUGCCUGGAAAACUGCUUUGUUUUCCUGGGACUAUAAAAUCCCUUUAAAGAGUAUGUAACGCAAGGGUUUGGGAUGUGCAGCAUUUCAGUAUGACUGGAACUUCCAAGACAUUUUAUAUUUUUGUUUCUGAGGGUAACACCAUUUCCAGCUGCCAUCAAUCAGCUUAAAAGAAGAGUUAGCUGUAUCAAUUUUGUCCACAUUUUGCAUAAAGCAAAGGCACAUCACACAUACAACUUGGGUCAGCGCUCUCCUCUCUUGUGAGAGAGCUGAUCCUUUAGAGGUUACACCAACCAUGCAUCAUGACCUGGCAUUUGUGUGUUCAGUGUUUUACUAUGAUACACUGCGCAUACAGAGUUUAACCCCUCAAUUAGAGUUCCGGUUGGCUAAUGGUAAUAUUGGACAUCAGCACACACAGCAUGUUGGUGAAUGGCGUCCAAAUGACCGUAUGCCACCCCUUCCCACCUACCCAUGGUAUUCAUGUCCCUACUUCAGCCCAUCCUCCAUGACAUCCAAAGCCGUGACAUCAGUUGAGCAUGAUCGGACUGAGGGGAGAACUUGAACUAGAUGCUGUCAUAGAGGUAAGUUUGUUUUUUUUGUUUUGUUUUUUUAGCUUUAUUUUAUUUUUUUUAAAUUUGAAACAGGCAUUGUUUGACAGCUGUUGGGGUUUUUUAUUUUUGGGUGGGGGGAGGGAGGGGAGGGGAUGGUGUAAGUCUUUAACAUAGCCAGUUUCACUAAAUAUGGUUGCUCUUAAUUACCAGAAGAGUUCCACUUGUCCUAUGUGGAGUGGAACUGCUCUUGGAUAAACUAUUUGUCCCAUAAACUUAUUUGCAGAAAUAAAUGAGAUAAGAGUAUCUUUUAGUGUGGCACAGGGAUGUAGCUGCAGGUAGAACCAAUAGUUUACAAUACUUUUUAAAAGUAUGUUUGUUUGGAUUUACCCCAUAUUUUCCAUUUAAUCCUGAAUCUUUCCUAUUGUUUUUUUGUCAGGUAUGGUUUUGUGGAGUUUGAGGAUCUUCGUGAUGCAGAUGAUGCAGUGUACGAAAUGAAUGGGAGAGACCUCUGUGGAGAGCGCGUUAUUGUGGAACAUGCACGUGCUCCAAGGAGAGAUACCCGUAGUAAGUACACGGUUGUGUGUAGCUUUGCGCUGCGUUGAUUUUUUUUUUAAAAAGUUUGUUUUUUUGUUUUGUUUGUUUUUUUUAAGCCUAAUACAAACCUGAAUUUUCAAAUAUUUUGUUACCAAUCCUGAGCUGUAUAGAGAAGUGUCCGCUGCCGAACAAGAGGAUGCGACACCAGCUCAGAGAUCACUGGUCAGACCUUAAGGUCAGUUGUUCCUAUGGAGGUGAACCUGUAACAAUAUCUGUAAAAGAGCAAAAGCAAUAGAUUUUGUGACACAUUGUAUUGUGCUCCUUUAUCAUGCCCGUUACGUCUAAUCAACCUUAUUUUUAAGAUGUGGACGUUUUGCAGACAUUUACUUGACUACAGGGGUGGACAAGAUAAUGGAGACUGAAUAGAACAAAUUAAAUCUCAGUUGAACUUGCAAAAGUGAAUAAUAUUCGGUAACAGUUUAGGUGGUCUGACAAUUGACAAGAAUCUUCAAAGCAUCUAAUAGAAUUCCAGAUAUGCAAGUUAGCUGGUUCCUGAACUGCAAGUGCAUUACUCACUAAUUACAAAAUAUUUUACGGUCAUUAAAAGCUGCCCAGAUAAAUCCAUUAAUGCAUCCAAUCUUCUGAGAGAAAAUUUAAUGGAAACUACAGCUCACUGCGAAAAAGAGACAUGCAGAAGUAUAGCAUUAAAACCAAUUUGAAUUAACACAUCUUUGUCAAAAUACAUAUAUGCACAUUGGGUCACAUUAGUGGUAUUAAUGAUGUGCCUGCUAUUCAGAAAGCAAUUGGAAGGCGAUAUGGAGUGACAUAUAUAUAAAUACCCAUUUUGUGCAAGUCAUUAGAUCUGUUUAAUGCUCUGAAUGGCCAAUGUAACAGGUUAUUUUACAGCUUGAUGCAUUCUGUGGUGCUAAGGAACUAUUCCUCACAAUGUUCCCUAGUUCUGUUAAGAUAAUAUACAUGGGUAAAAGAGAGUGGUUUCAUGAGUGGAAAGAUGAUUUGAAGUAUCUUCCACUAUCUAAAACCUUUGCAGAUGUUAUCGAGCACAGAGUGUGAGGUAGACAAGUGUAUCCUAAUAUACUCGCUUUAUUGCCUGCGUGAUGUCAUUCCAAGGAUUGAAAAUGUUCUGAUGGCAAAGGUGGCACUACCCAUAUUAGAUCAUUCAUAACUUAUAUUGGUAGGUUUGUCUAUUAUUUGUCCACCCCCUGUAUAUAGUUCAUAUUCAUGUUCUGCAUUAGUGUUUGCUAUUUGGUAUGGAAUUGGUAAAGCAUUGUACAUACCUGGUUUCCUGCAUUAUGCAAAGAUGUCACAAACUAUGUUCUCUGUGUACAAUAGUCUGAUGUUCACAGAUAUUUGAAGACCGUAUUAAAAGCCAAAUUGCACAAUUUUAUAACAUGUUUUUCAUUUUGUUUGCUUUUAAAGUUUAAUGAGCAAAUCUACUAAUGGCUCAGCCUUGUUUUUUAAUAGAAAUCCUAUUGCAUGCAAGAUAUGCAAUCUUAAAUGUAAUGUAACAUACUGUGAGUCAAAGAGUAGAUUUGUUUUUGUAUAUAAACCUACAGGUCCUAACCUAUGAUUGAACUAUGUAUUGGGAGUAAUUGAGGAAAUUCUUCAUUGUAUUAAUAGCAGAAGAAUUGUUUACCUCGUUACUGAUAAAGCUGCAGUCUUUAAAACGUCAUCCUAUUUUAAUCUAUGUUAGACAUCAAUGUCUUAAUUUCCAAAGAAAUCCUCUCUUGUGUAAAAAUGCUGAUGAAUGGGGGAGGAAAUCAUGUAGUGAUUGCAGCUCUGUGACCUGUUAAAUGAAAGGCCAUAGGGAGUGUAUCAUGAGGCUGACGCAACAAGCGUUCCUCCAAGCGCUCUUUCCCUGCAACCUCUUCCUUUCCCUCCCCCUCCUCUCUCUUCUUCUCGCGAGAUCCGAGGAGGUGACGCUGGGGGGGCGCGUGCGUGGGGGAGCGCGCUGGGUUUUCCAGUCGUGGGGGGCCUGGGGCAGCCGUCCGACGCUGGGCAGGCAGAGGGAGCGCGGGCGGCUGAAGGGAGUCCCCUGCUCCAAGGUAAGUGAAGGGUGCAUGGGGCAUUUAUUAAAUUGGGUGUGGAUGGGGGGGACACAUGUCAAAGGGUUUUCAUAAUAGUAUUGGGAGGUUGGAAUAGUUAGGGCACUAAGCACACAGGCCAAUUUUUAAAUUUGGCUUUUUUAAUGGGAUACUUAAUUUGUGAAUGGUAGCAAACAUGUUACAUGCAUACACAUAGUAUAAAUUGGCCCAGUACAUAAUGUACCACACAAUCUUGCCUGUGCAUUCUGGCUUCCUCUAAACAUUUUUUCCCUCUGUCCCUGUGUCAAAGGCGGUUAUGGAUAUCGUAAAAGCAGCAGUGACAAGUUUGGUCCUCCAAUACGCACAAUGUACCGACUGAGGGUGGAGAACCUUUCUACACGAUGUAGUUGGCAGGACCUUAAGGUGAGAAAUAUUGACUGUCCAUUCCUAGAAUCUUCUGUCUCUGCUUUCUGCACAGCUGUCAAUUGAUCACUCCAGUCAAUGUGUUAAAGGGAUACUAUAGACUGUAUACACAAUGAUUGAUAAAUGAAUAUCACUUAAUGAGGGUUCCUGUCACCAACAACCUGGCACACCCUGCAAAUAUUGUGAAGCAGAGAAUACUCCCUUCCUUCUAGCCUUACCAAUUCAUACCAGCAGUGGGUACUGUGAAAGGCUGAAAGUGGUAAUUUGACAACUCAGCCAAUCACAGCUACCCAUUACUGCUCAGACUAUUGCUUCCUCUCUAGCCCAAGCAGCACAGAUGGCAUGGGCUGCUGGGGACUGUUGGCAUUAAUAUGUGGAAGAACAGCGUCUGGGUACUCAAGAUUCCACUUCAGUGAAAUUAAGCUGUUACAGUACCUAUAAAACUUGCAUCGCCAGGCUAGCAGAAAACUUUUGGCUCUCUGGAAGGAUGUGUCCGGUGCCCAGCUGACUGCUGGUGAGUUGUCAAACCUUUAGCAAAUGUCUUGACGUUUUACUGUUGGAUGACAUCAGGACAAUCCUGGCACCAUCACCACUACAUUGCUUAGAGUCUUCCUUUAUUGACAAGGACAAUGUUUAAUUUUCUGACAAAACAAUGCCAGUGCAAACAUUGCUUAUGAGGAAGAGACAUUGAAACAUUCAAUUUCUUGGUUGUACUAUUAUGCAUACCCGUGGACAGAAACUGAAUAGAAAUGUAUGAUGUACAUGUACAGCAAGCCCUGGUGAGUAGAAAUUCACCCUGCGGGGUAUAUUAUGACUUGCAUUGGCAAGUAACUUUAAGGCCUGGCUAAACCAUUUAUAUAUGUGUGGUUUGUAUUUUUAAAUAUUUUUUUCGCUCCCUCUAUUUUAACUUUGUUGAUGUUUGCGUAAUUUCCUCAUGUUUUUCCAAAUCCUUAUGUGUCCUGUAGGACUUCAUGCGCCAGGCUGGAGAGGUAACCUUUGCUGACGCUCAUCAGCGACGUCAAAAUGAAGGAGUCAUUGAGUUCCGUUCUUACUCUGACAUGAGACGAGCCCUGGAGAAGCUGGAUGGAACAGAGGUUAAUGGACGUAGAAUACGACUAGUGGAGGAUAGGGCUGGCUCUUGGGUUAAGCGUUCUUCUUCCCGCAGUCGCUCACGGUAUGAACUAAUGCUUCUUUUGCCAGUUAAAUGAUUUAUGAAUGUAUGUUGAAGUGACUUUGACUGCAUUCUGUGAGGUGCAAUGGACACUUUACUGCUUAAUAUCCAUCUGCUUCCAUUUAAUUCUCCUCUGAUGGAUUGGUGUAAAUUACCUUGGCAACUGAAUUGUAACCUUAUUUUAGCAUCUCCCAUUACCAAAGAUCACGCCACCCCUGGGAAAAAAAAGUCUUUACUUCUAACGAACUAAAGGUGAAAUAAAGAAAAUUGUUAAGUACAAGGUUUAAUAAGGGGUCACUCCAAUGUCCAUGACCACAUCUGCUUUUUGAAGUGGUCAUUGUGCAAGCAAUCUGCAUGUGCAGCAUUUCUGCUUGAAACACCACCUAUACCGAGAUCUGCACUUUUGUGCCAUAGUCUAGUUGCACAUAUGAAUUGGGCAGACCAGAACCGCCGAAUGUCAAAAUGUACAUCUUUUGUUAGCAUGUACCGCAUGCUGGUGAUGUAAUUUGCUUCUCCCCUUGCAGACAGCACUGUGAGUACACCUACAAGUAGAAACCCUAACAAUGUGUCUUAGCUCUCCUCCCUCCAAGAGCCCGCCUCUCCCACCCGUGACAGCAGCCGGCCCCUCCCCUGUCCACCCUUCUUGCAGCUGUAACACGUUCACAGUGCUUGCCUGACAUGUGCCAAUUGUCCCUCAAUGCUUCUCUAUAAGUGUUUUGGACCACAAGAGGAAGAUGACUAGGCGUGGCGGCAAAGACUUAACUUCUCCAUGUACAUUUUUUUAUAUUGUUAUACUUUUUAUAAGUUAUAAUGGGGAGUGAGGAACCCAGCGAAAGACGCAGAAUUAAACACACUAGGGUGACAGUCUUGCUAAUUGUUCCAAUCUCUCUAGCCUCUCUAAAACGACAUACAUGGAUUUAGCUUAAUGGUUAAUCUAUAUCUUGUACUAAGCAGUGACCGCAUGUCAAUGCAUAGGAUAUGGCACUUAUAACCAACGUUGUACUCUUGCACCACAUGUGUCCUUACAAGCGUAGACUCCUACUACUCAAACCUGUUAAUUUAACUGUCAAUCUAUACUAUACUUUAAAAUGUGCAUUGUUUACCCAUCCCCCACUGUACCUCUUGUUUUGAAACCAGCGUGUGGAUUGCCGUUGGGGCACCACAAGCAUGUCUGUUGCAACCAUAUGCACUAAAAAAUAAAAUAAAAAAUAAAUGCUUGUGACGGACUGCCUGGCACCCCAGCCGGGUAUCCUCCUCAAUCGAUGCUUCCUAGUUUUUGCGCGUACCAUAGGCACUGUACAGGAACACCGUAAACCCCACGAACCGCCGCAGCUUAAUUGGGAUCUCGCCGUUCUCCACCCACCCUGGACCCAAGAUUAGGAUCCAGCUUCCAGUGGGUAGACCUCUCCUAGUCCAGAGUGCAUUGCAGGAACAGCUCUUAUAAGAGCUAGUGAUUAUACUCAGGGGAGUAUUGUGAUAUAGCGAUCCCCAGAGUGAAUGUAGUUCUCCAAUCCCCCAAACAUGAGCCAAGACUUCAUGAAGGUGUAAACGAAUCUCUUUAAUGGGAGCCACACUUCGCCUUAUAUGACAAUCCCCAUGCAAGGGGUACGCCCACAGGGACCUUGUGGGGGACUGAUCUGCAUCUUCACAGACCAAUAACAAUAAGGUUACAAGGCACAACACUCCCACAGACAGCGCACAAUCCCUCCCCUCUGCUUGGGAGAUAAUUGGAUCAGUAACUGUACUAAUUCUAAUCCAAUUAUCUCAAAGCACAGAAAAAAUAUACUUUUUAAAAACACCCCAAAAAUACCCCACACAUGUUACAUUCUCUGAUAGCCCUGAUCUGGGUGACCAACAUAUCCAAAAAUCACCCAGAUCAGUUCAGGAAUUUCCUGGAAGUAUUAUUUUUGACCGACCGUGGACCUGGUCCCAUGCCAAAAACAGUUCUAGAGCAUUAGUGCCAGUGGUCGGUCUCUCUGUCUGGAGUACAAAAGUACAUACUUCACAUGAACAGAGCCUUUUAAAGUAUUUUAGCCAGGUCUAUAGUUAAAUGAUUUAUGAAUGUAUGUUGAAGUGACUUUGACUGCAUUCUGUGAGGUGCAAUGGACACUUUACUGCUCAAUAUCCAUCUGCUUACAUUUUAUUCUCCUCUGUCCCUAAUUUCUAAACUUUACCCUUCUGUAGGAUUUUUUUUGACUGAUUGGUGUAAAUUACCUUGGCAACUGAAUUGUAACCUUAUUUUAGCAGGGGCCAUAGUCACAGGGUAGGAGGCUGGCAAACAGGCCCAUCCAAAACCUUUUGUCGCAAUGCUGAUACAACAAGUGUAUAUAGAAAGUAAAAUGGAGAAGCUUAAUUCUUAAUUCAAUCCUUUGAAACACUAUAUAUCUGCCAAACACAUCAGUAUAGUGCCGUCUAGUAUAACUACAGAAAGCUUAAAGGACCACUAUAGUGCCAGGAAAACAUACUCGUUUUCCUGGCACUAUAGUGCCCUGAGGGUGCCCCCACCCUCAGGGACCCCCUCCCGCCCGGCUCUGGAAGGGGGAAAGGGGUAAAAACUUACCUUUUUCCAGCGCUGGGCGGAGAGCUCUCCUCCUCCUCUCCACCUCCGUUACGCCCCGCCGGCUGAAUGCGCACGCGCGGCAAGAGCUGCGCGCGCAUUCAGCCGGUCUCAUAGGAAAGCAUUUACAAUGCUUUCCUAUGGACGCUUGCGUGCUCUCACUGUGAAAAUCACAGUGAGAAGCACGCAAGCGCCUCUAGUGGCUGUCAAUGAGACAGCCACUAGAGGGAAUAGGGGGAAGGCUUAACCCAUUAAUAAACAUAGCAGUUUAUUAAAAAAAUGGGUUAACCCUAGCUGGACCAGGCACCCAGACCACUUCAUUAAGCUGAAGUGGUCUGGGUGCCUAGAGUGGUCCUUUAAGUAGAUUAAAGAAAUUCUAAAAUAAAUCUCCACACCUCUGAGGCAAUAAAUAGACAAACCUAGAGGGAUAUUAUAGAAAUGAGUCUUCAUCCUCCGAGUAAGCAGCGCACUCGCUUAUUCACUAAACAAUGAUUUCAAAUCUUAGAGAUUGUACUAGUUUUAUUUAAAAACACCUCACCUAGGCAAAACAAUAAGGGGGUUUAGUUACAUUAUACGAUCAUAUAUUGCAUAAGCCUGCCACAUCAUCAAUGUACCCCAUUCUUGGCAGGUCCUACUCUAGCAGCCUAUCUCUUAUGAGAUUAAUCCACGUACUUGGGAAAUACUUCAUUACUGGCACUCUCUGCUAGUGAAGGCCAAAUAGGGUCCUGGAAUCAUGCACCUGUGAUAGGGAGGGGUGCAAAACCAAGGAGUUGGCCUGGACUCCCAAAUAUAUAAAUAAAAAAAACCAAGAGGGCUGCACUCACCUGAACAUGCAUACAUUAUAGGGUGCUGGUGGGGCCAAAAUAUACAAAACACACAAUCCAACGCACUCACUUAUUCACUAAGUGGAUUAAUCUCAUAGGAGCAAGCAUUAGGCUGCUAGAGUAGGACCUGCCAAGAAUGGGAUACAUUGACGUUGUGGCAGUCUUAUGCAAUAUAUGAUCAUAUAAUGUAACUAAACCCCCAUUAUUUUUUUUGCCUAAGUGAGGUGUUUUUAAAUAAAACUUUUACAAUUAAGAUGUGAAAUCCUUUUUUUUUAUUAUUAUUAUUUUUUUUUUUUUGGUGAAUAAGUGAGUGUGCUGGAUUGUAUAUUUUGGCUCCAGACGCACCCCAUUAUAUAUGCAUGUUCAGGUGAGUGCAGCCCUCUUGGUUUAAUAUAUAGCUAUAUAUCUCUACUAAAGUGGAAAGUUCCCACUUUGUAAACAGUAAAACGGAAUAUCUCGGUUGUUGCUUAACGUGCUGCUACCUACUGCCAAUCUAUAUGUAGAAGAGGAGUGAGGCAUAGAUAAAGAAAAGCUACAAAUAGCCACUGAUACCAAAAUUUCAAGAAGCCAAAGUCCCUCGGUUGGUGUAAUGACAGCAGCCUACUACUGUCUAAUGCUAACCCAAGUCUUACUAUUGCUGAACUAGAUUUUCAUAGUGAAGUGCCACUUGUGCAGAAGUGAAAUAAAAGAAAAUAAACAACCCUUUGUAUCAGCUGUUUUCUAUAUCCCUCUCUAGUGUUACCUAUUGAAACACUUGAUUUCUUUACAGUGCACAUUAGGCAUAGCAUAAUAAUGUAUAUGUACCCAGUAACAGAUUGUUUCUUUUGCUGUAAUAUAAUUUAUUUACAAGUUGAGACCUCUUUUCAGGGUUCUAUUUUUCUUCUCUUUUAUAAUUGUUCCUAUAAAUGGGGUCCAUGCACAGGAUAACCUGGUACUAUCCCAAUUGGUCAUUUCAUCACUAAACAUUUUGGUAGAUUGAGAGAAAUGUUAUCAUUGGGCACAGUUAAUGGAGAAUAGCGAGAUUUGAGCCCCAUGGAUGUGACGGGCAAGUAAGUAUGCUGUUUUUUUUUUUCUUACCAAAGGAAGCAGCAUUUGCCUUAAAGGACCACCAUAGUGCCAGGAAAACAUACUCGUUUUCCUGGCACUAUAGUGCCCUGAGGGUGCCCCCACCCUCAGGGACCCCCUCCCGCCCGGCUCUGGAAAGGGGAAAGGGGUAAAAACUUACCUUUUUCCAGCGCUGGGCGGGGAGCUCUCCUCUUCCGAUCCUCCUCCUCUCCGCCCAUUCGGCUGAAUGCGCACGGCAAGAAAAUGCUUUCCUAUGGACGCUUGCGUGCUCACUGUGAUUUUCACCGUGAGAAGCACGCACGCGCCUCUAGCGGCUGUCAAUGAGACAGCCGCUAGAGGCUUUGGAGGAAGGCUUAACCCAUUUAUAAACAUAGCAUUUUCUCUGAAACUGCUAUGUUUAUAAAAAUGGGUUAAUCCUAGCUGGACCUGGCACCCAGACCACUUCAUUAAGCUGAAGUGGUCUGGGUGCCUAGAGUGGUCCUUUAAGUUCUGCCCUUUAUCAAGUGGAGGAAAUACAUAAGGUAAAGUAGCCCAUGCAGAUAAGAAUCGAUUGAGGAAAAGUAAGUUUGAUGUGACAAGCUGCUUUAAGCUUAGAGAAUGGAAAAUUAAUUUGGACUAUUGAUUGUCAUAAAAGCAGCCAAAAUUGAGUCUGCUCAUGAUAGUCUUUAAGAGAAGCACUAUGAAAUAUUAGUUACGUUAACAAGUAACAUUGUUAAAACUGAACACAAAUUCUUGAUGCACCAACUCUGGGGAUUAAAUCGGCAACAGUUGUUGGCGUUCGUUAAGUUUGAUUUAACAUUGAUUUCCCUUAUAUUUGAAGAGAGGCACGCAAAAACACUCUCUCAGUCCAUUAUUGUAUUUUAUUUUUUAUUCUUAUACUAUUUGAAUGCAAUAUUUCAGUAGAUAAGGGAUUCAAAGCUAAAGUGGCACUCUCAACCCCACCCUGAAAAAGAGUAUUUCAUAAAGAUAAAAACAUUUUAAAAUACUCAUUUUGAAUGUUAGGAUUUCCCUUAAAUUUCAACUCAGUCAAGAGAUUUACAGAGACAAAGUAGGGACUAUGUUUUCUAUGUAUUUCUCCUAAGCCUCAUUUAGACUGAUGUCAAACGGUGACAGUGCUGCUUUAAGAAGGAUUUGCUAAUGUAACGCCUUCCCAUAUUUAGUCUUUGAUAUAUAGAAUAGUCUGGGAGAUAUUAGCAUUGGUUGUGUGUUAACUGUAAUUUUUCUUUUCAAAUAUUGAUAACAUUUUUAACACAUAUUUCAGAUCCCGGUCAAGGAGAAGCAGAAGCAGCCACUCCAGAUCCAGGUUAGUUGGAAUCAGAAAUCAAGUAGAUGUUUCUGCAUGUGUUGACAUGGUGUACAUAGUUUAUUUCUCAAAAGGGACAUGUGGCUGCCUUUUUAACAAAUCUUGUCCUUGUCUUUGUCUUUGUAUUUGUAGGUCACGGUCUCGCAGCAGGAGCAGACGGCGGGAAAGGAGCAGGAGUCGCAGCAAGGAGAGGGAGAGCAGGAGUCGCAGCAAGGAGAGGGAGAGCAGGAGUCGCAGCAAGGAGAGGGAGAGCAGGAGUCGCAGCAAGGGCCGUGGGAAGGAUGGCAGUGAAGAAAGAGAAGGAAGUGGAAGUCGAAGUAGAAGUAAGGGAAGAAGGGAGAGGGACAGUCAAAGCCGUAGUAAGGAGAGAGAAAGCAGGAGCAAAGAGAGAAGCAGAAGUCAUAGCAAUGAGAGACAGGAAAGAAGCAAGAGUCAUAGCAAGGAGAGGGAAAGCAGAGAAAGGGAAAGUAGAAGCAAAAGCAAAGAGAAUAGAGACAGCCAAAGUAAAGAGCGGAGCAGGAGCAAGGAAAGAGAAGAGGAUAGUGCAAGUAAAGAAAGAAGUCAAAGUAAAGAAAAGAGGGAAAGAGAGGGUAGUCGGAGCAAAGAGAGAAGCCGAAGCAAAGACCGUAAGGAACGCGACAGAAGCAAGGAGAGGCGUAGCCACAGUAGGGAAGGGAGAGACAGCCACAGGAGUAAGCAUAAGAGAGCUAACCGGAGCAGAGAGAGAAGCCGCAGCAGAGACAAGAGAAGAAGGAGUGGACGUAGCAGACGUUCCAGCCGUAGUCGCAGUAAGGAAAGAAGUGGUAAGCGUAGCCGUACUGAAAGAAGCCGAAGCAGGGAUAGGGCCAAGAAAAUCAAGAAAGAGGACACUAUUGCUCUUACUACAGAAUCUGACCAGGAAGCUGAAAUUGAGGAAGGAGAGGCCAUUGGAACUGCAGCUGAGGACGAUCCUGAGCCUCUGCCACCACCACCACCACCACCACCACCUCCUGAAAUCACUGGUGUUGCGGAAGAGUCUGAGGAGGAAGCCAUGAAUGUUGGCGAUUCUAAAGAAGCUGACAGUUCCUCUCCUAAACCACGCUCUAGAUCUGCCUCUCCAGUAGAGGCUUAAGUUUGCCUCUCAUGGUGUUAGGGGUGGUCCUUCUAACCCCCUUAUGGGCUGUUUUAUAUUUAUUUCAGGAAUUUAAACUUUUUUUUUUUUUUUUUUUAUAAUAUAUUUCUGAUCUGUUUAGAGCCUUGCCCCGUUCAAAUAUACUUCUUACCUGAAACACAAGGCAGAUGUUUAUACGUAGCUGUCAAUCUUAAAGCAGCACUCUAUACGCAAUCCGUCGGCUUCAUCCAAGUAGUUGUGGCUGAAGUUUGUUUCCUUUUAGAAAUGGCAUAGAGGAAAAGUGUGAGAUAGUGUAAAGGAGUUGAAUGUGUUAUCACAAACUACCAAAUUUAAUAAAGUCUUGCGCGUGUUGUGCUGCUUUAAUGCAGACCAGAACCUCUGCCAUGUAACAAUUACAUUAAAUGUUUAGAGGUGUUUAAAAAAAACAAUACUUAGUGAGCCUACUGGAAUAUAACCGGUAGUGUAGAGGUUUUCUUUAUAAACGCACUGUACAUUAUUGCAUUGCUGUCCAGUUUUUUUAAUUUUUAUUUUUUUGUGAUUUGUUCUUGUCUUUGUUGGUAAGAACCCUCCUGGAUUCAUGAUAUUUGAAUAAAGAGUAUUUUUGCUUGAGUAUUUACUAGUACUGUCAUUACCUA